CCUGCGGCCCUCCCCCGCGUAUAAAUAGCACCCCUCCCUCACCUCUUCCUCAUCCAGUCCCCAACCCGUCGAGAAAUUCUCCCGAGCGAUUGCAAUCGAAGCGAAGAGGUCUCCCCCGAUCCUCUCAAGAUGCAGAUCUUUGUUAAGACCCUCACCGGCAAGACCAUCACCUUGGAGGUGGAGUCUUCUGACACCAUCGACAAUGUCAAGGCGAAGAUCCAGGACAAGGAGGGCAUCCCACCGGACCAGCAGCGUCUGAUCUUCGCUGGCAAGCAGCUUGAGGAUGGCCGCACCCUGGCUGAUUACAACAUCCAGAAGGAGUCCACCCUCCACCUGGUGCUCCGCCUGCGUGGUGGUAUGCAGAUCUUUGUGAAGACCCUCACCGGCAAGACCAUCACCCUGGAGGUGGAGUCUUCUGACACCAUCGACAAUGUCAAGGCGAAGAUCCAGGACAAGGAGGGCAUCCCCCCGGACCAGCAGCGUCUGAUCUUUGCUGGCAAGCAGCUUGAGGAUGGCCGCACCCUGGCGGACUACAACAUCCAGAAGGAGUCCACCCUCCACCUGGUGCUCCGCCUGCGUGGUGGUAUGCAGAUCUUUGUGAAGACCCUCACCGGCAAGACCAUCACCCUGGAGGUGGAGUCUUCUGACACCAUCGACAAUGUCAAGGCGAAGAUCCAGGACAAGGAGGGCAUCCCCCCGGACCAGCAGCGUCUGAUCUUUGCUGGCAAGCAGCUUGAGGAUGGCCGCACCCUGGCGGACUACAACAUCCAGAAGGAGUCCACCCUCCACCUGGUGCUCCGCCUGCGUGGUGGUAUGCAGAUCUUUGUGAAGACCCUCACCGGCAAGACCAUCACCCUGGAGGUGGAGUCUUCUGACACCAUCGACAAUGUCAAGGCGAAGAUCCAGGACAAGGAGGGCAUCCCCCCGGACCAGCAGCGUCUGAUCUUUGCUGGCAAGCAGCUUGAGGAUGGCCGCACCCUGGCGGACUACAACAUCCAGAAGGAGUCCACCCUCCACCUGGUGCUCCGCCUGCGUGGUGGCAUGCAGAUCUUUGUCAAGACCCUCACCGGCAAGACCAUCACACUGGAGGUGGAGUCUUCUGACACCAUCGACAACGUGAAGGCCAAGAUCCAGGACAAGGAGGGCAUCCCCCCGGACCAGCAGCGUCUGAUCUUUGCUGGCAAGCAGCUUGAGGACGGCCGCACCCUGGCGGACUACAACAUCCAGAAGGAGUCCACCCUCCACCUGGUGCUCCGCCUGCGUGGUGGCAUGCAGAUCUUUGUCAAGACCCUCACCGGCAAGACCAUCACACUGGAGGUGGAGUCUUCUGACACCAUCGACAACGUGAAGGCCAAGAUCCAGGACAAGGAGGGCAUCCCCCCGGACCAGCAGCGUCUGAUCUUUGCUGGCAAGCAGCUUGAGGAUGGCCGCACCCUGGCGGACUACAACAUCCAGAAGGAGUCCACCCUCCACCUGGUGCUCCGCCUGCGUGGUGGCAUGCAGAUCUUUGUCAAGACCCUCACCGGCAAGACCAUCACACUGGAGGUGGAGUCUUCUGACACCAUCGACAACGUGAAGGCCAAGAUCCAGGACAAGGAGGGCAUCCCCCCGGACCAGCAGCGUCUGAUCUUUGCUGGCAAGCAGCUUGAGGAUGGUCGCACCCUGGCGGACUACAACAUCCAGAAGGAGUCCACCCUCCACCUGGUGCUCCGUCUCCGUGGUGGACAGUAAGUCUUGGGCCAUGGAGCUGCUGUUGUCCCUGGGCUCACAAGUCUGGUGCCUGCCUUGUCUCUCCAAUGGAGAUUGUCUUGGUGUCCUGUGGUCGUGUCCUUGUCGUGCCUGUCUGAUGUGAGUCAUGUCGUCUGGUUGUGUUUUGUGAACACUUGCUGCUGUGCAGCAGUUUGGUUGAACUAUGCAAUGAAUAAGUGAGCCCUGAAGUUACUGUGGUAA